UCGAGCAGUAACGCAUGAGAGUAUGAGACGGGGUGAUUUUCUGUCUUACUUCUUGGAGACUUGUUUUUCGUUCGAGAAUAGGCAUUCCCCUGUGAUCGCACGUGCUUGUGAUAACUAAUUUAGGCAAUUUCUCUUGUAAAAAGGAAAGAAAUAACCGAAGUAAUAAUAUAUCGUGUAAAUUAAUAUUAAUAAUAUUCUUUCAGAAUUAUAAUUUGAUACGCCUGUCUCCAAAACAUGGCCGAGGAGAUGAAGGAGGAACCGAUGGAAGGUGUCGCAGACGAGGACGAAAGCAGUGAAAGCAGCGACGAUGAUUCUAUGGAGAGUGAAAACGCGAACGAGAGUCGAGAGGAGAGCAAACCAAAAGUCUACCUUCCAGGACAAGCCAUCGAGGAUGGCGAGGAACUUAUUGCAGAUAAAUCAGCGUACAGACUACUGCAUCAGGCGCAGUCUGGCGCACCGUGUCUCAGCUUUGACGUGAUACCCGAUGACUUGGGUAAUUCGAGAGAGAAUUACCCGUUAACCAUGUACGUAGUCGCUGGGACACAAGCUGCCAAAACUCACGUCAACAACCUCCUCGUUAUGAAAAUGUCCAAUUUACACGGCACUAAACAGUGCUGUGAAAAUUCGGAAAGCGAGUCGAGCAAUUCCGAGGAUGAGGAUGAUGAAAGGAAGCCAGUCAUGAGUGUCGCACCUAUAAAACACCAAGGAUGUGUCAAUAGAGUGAGAUGCACGAAACUCGGUGGAUCAGUCGUAGCCGCUAGUUGGAGCGAGUUGGGACGUGUAAAUAUUUGGAACCUGCAAGAGCAGUUGAGCGCAGUCGAAAAUUCGAAUUUGCUCACUGCAUACCGCAACAAGUGUGACAAGGGAGGCGCCGACAUCAAACCGCUGUACACGUUUAAAGGCCACCUGUCCGAAGGAUUUGGUCUCGACUGGUGUCGCAUGGAUCCGGGCACCUUGGCGUCCGGCGACUGCAAGGGCAAUAUUCACGUAUGGCGAAUCGACAAUAGCGGCGCGUCCUGGCACGUGGACCAAAGGCCGUACAAUUCGCACGCUCCGCACAGUGUGGAAGAUCUACAAUGGUCACCGAACGAGGAGAACGUACUCGCUUCGUGCUCGGUAGACAAAUGCAUAAAAAUUUGGGACGCGCGAGCGAGUCCGCAGAACGCGUGCAUGCUGACAGCGUCUGGCACUCACACGGCCGACAUCAAUGUCAUUUCGUGGAACGCGAAGGAGAGCCAGUUCAUAGUCUCGGGCGGGGACGACGGGCUGCUCUGCAUAUGGGACCUACGACAGUUCGGGCCCGAUGGCGCGAGUCCUGUCGCUACUUUUAAGCAGCACACUGCACCGGUAACCUCGGUGGAGUGGCAUCCCACGGAGGCCACGGUGUUCGCCUCCGGCGGGGCCGACGAUCAGAUCGCGCAGUGGGACUUGUCGGUGGAGGUGGAUCACGCGGAAGAAUCUCAGGACAGCGAGUUGGCCAAGCUACCGCCGCAGCUGUUAUUCAUACAUCAGGGCCAGUCGGAUAUCAAGGAGUUGCACUGGCACCCGCAAUGUACAGGAACGAUGAUUUCAACCGCGCAUUCAGGCUUUAACGUAUUCCGAACGAUUAGCGUUUAAUAGAAAUAAUAAAAGCGUUUUAUCAUA